GAUUCCAAAACAGUUGGAUUCUGCAGGAGUCUGUUGGAAUGGGUUAAUAAGUCUCUCCACCUCUGCCUGGAAAAGAGUGUCAACUGGUUUGGUGUCAACAUCCUUCGCUAACUACAUCUUUUGUUCUGAAAAUGCCAGAUAUUUCUUUAACAAAGAGAAGAAUUUUAAUCCUUGUCAAAGUAUUCAUAAAAACUGUUCCCCUCCUGCUAUGUUUCUUCUGUUUUAUCUGCUCCUUGGACCUUCUCAGCACUGCCUUUGAGCUUCUUGGAGGAAAAUUGAUUAGACACUUUUUCUAUGAUGGUUCAAUACUUUACAACCCUGUGGCUGCCUUCUUGGUGGGUUUGCUGGUCACUGUUGCAGUACAGAGUUCUAGUGUAUCCACAUCCAUUUUGGUCAGCUUGGUGUCAUCUUCAGUGUUGACAGUAGAGACAGCAAUUCCCAUGGUCAUGGGAGCCAAUGUUGGGACUGCAAUCACCAAUACAUUGGUGGCCCUCAUGUAUGCUGGAGUGAGGGAUGAAUUUGGAAGGGCUUUUGCAGGAGCUACUGUACAUGGUAUGUUUAACUGGUUGACAGUGCUGGUGCUGAUGCCUCUGGAGGUGAUAACAGGCUUGCUCUUCUCUGUCUCCAAAAAAGUAAUUCCAUCCCUUAAAAUCAAGAGUGGAGAAGACAUAAUGCUCUUGAAACCCAUCAUAGACCUCUUCACAAACUACAUCAUCCAGGUGGAUGAUGAACUCUUCAAUCAAAUUGCUUCAGGACAUUCGAAGGGAGAAAACAAGAGCCUGAUAAUGAUUUGGUGUAAAUAUUUGAAAAAAGUGACUUUAAAAAAUGUUACCGUUCCCUCACCAGAAAAUUGCACCUCUCCCACUCUCUGCUGGACUACAGGGGACAUGACAUGGACCCUCAUGAAUAUAACGUAUAAAGAGAACGUUACAAAAUGCAAACACUUAUUUGUGAACACCAAUUACAGUGAUGCAACCGUGGGAUUUAUUCUUCUACCUGUCUCCUUGGUGAGCAUGGGUGCAAGUUUGAUUUUUCUUGUAAAGCUCUUGACCAGUGAUCUCCAGGGACCAGUUGCUGAACUGAUUGUAAAGGGCAUCAACAAAGAUUUCCCUUUCCCAUUUGGCUGGGUUUCAGGAUACCUUGCCAUUAUUUUUGGAGCUGUGAUGACCUUUGUUGUUCAGAGUAGUUCUGUGUUCACUAGUACAAUCAUUCCUCUGGUUGGCACCGAAGUGAUCAGCCUUGAAAGAGCUUAUCCUUUAAUCUUGGGCUCCAACAUUGGUACCACCACCACUGCCAUCUUGGCUGCAUUAGCUAGCCCUGCAAGUACUUUACAGGACUCACUUCAGAUUGCCCUAUGCCAUUUGUUCUUCAACAUCUUCGGAGUCCUUCUGUGGUACCCAAUCCCAUUCUUGCGACUGCCUAUCUAUUUUGCAGAGAGCUUAGGGGAAACCAUAACCACCUACCGUUGGUUUGCUAUUGUCUACGUGGUCUUCUGCUUUCUCGUGGGUCCAAUCCUGGCAUUUUGCCUUUCCAUUGCUAGAAGGUCUGUGUUGCUAUAUGUUGGGUUACCCCUAUAUUUUGUGCCCUUUCUGAUAGUAUACCUGCACACCUUCAACGUUCUUAAAUUGUUUCCCUUGUGGAUAAGAGACCUGAAGCCCUGGGAUGAUCUGAUAACUAGCAUCAUGAUCCAAUGCCAGCAUUGUAAAAACAACUUAAAGCGAAGAAAAAAAUCCAACCCAAAUAAUAUUGAGGGGAAGACACUCCCACAAUAAAGGAAAACCCUGGAACAGAUCAGAACCAAA